GCACCUGCGGUGUCUUCAGGGCAGAAGCCAGAGGAGCUGAAAACUAUUCUUAGCUCGGCCAUGGACUUGGAGUUCAUUCCCUUCCGUCCUCCAGUUUGGUACAGACACUGAAACUCUAUCCUGCUGUGAAUCUCAAGGGGCACCAUCAAUCUCCUGGUGGAGACCUUCACCAUCGUAUGUCACGGAUUCGCCUUGAAUAAUCUCAACAGUCAGUUACCAACACUUGCUCUGGUUUGAUAAGCUGAAAAUGAGACUCCGGCUCUUGGCACUUCUAACACUUCUCAUACAUUCCACAGCAGCUAAGUUUAGCAAAUCAUCCUGGGGCCUGGAAAAUGAGGCUUUAAUUGUGAGAUGUCCUAGGCAAGAAAAGUCUCGAUACCCUGUGGAUUGGUACUUUUCAAAAACCAACAAAAGUAUAACCACCCAGAAAAGAAAUCGUGUGUUGGCCUCGGGGGAACGUCUGAAGUUUCUCCCAGCCAAAGGCAAUGAUUCUGGAAUUUAUACUUGCAUUAUCAGAAGUCCUACCUCCAAUAAGAUUGGAUAUGUAAAUGUCACCAUAUAUAAAAAACAACCAGAUUGCAAUAUUCCAGAUCAUCUGAUAUACUCAACAACAUCUGGAUCAGAAAAAAAUUCCAAAAUAAAUUGUCCUACAAUUGACCUCUACAAUUGGACAGCACCUGUUGAGUGGUUUAAGGAUUGUAAAGCUCUUCAAGGACCAAGGUAUCACAUACAUAAGAACUAUGUGCUGAUUGACGAUGCAACUAGCAAGGACACAGGUGAUUAUACAUGCAAAUUUAUGCACAAUGAAAAUGGAAUCAAUUACAGUGUGACGGCAACCAGAUCAUUCGUCAUGAAAGAGGAGGAAAGCCCUUCUUGGUUUCCAGUAAUUAUAGCCCCUCCACAAAAUGAAACAAAAGAAGUGGAAAUUGGAAAACCAGCAAACAUACUCUGCUCUGCUUGCUUUGGGAAAGGCUCUCUGUUCAUGUCUGGCGUCCGAUGGAAGGUGAACGGAACCAUAGUUCAGAACUUCAGUGAAGCAAGAAUUCAAGAGGAACGGGAGCAAAAUCAAAGUUUUAGCAAUGAGCUGACUUGUCAGAACACCAUUUUAAGAAUAGAUGAUGUGAGAGAGGAGGAUUUGACGCUGCGGUAUGAAUGUCUGGCUCAGAGUUUACAUGGGCAGACACAGCACACCGUAAGACUACAGAGGAGAAGUCCAAAUGUCGAGCAAAGCACCUACUACCUUCUGGCGGGAUUUAGCACCUUGUUAAUGUUAAUCAGUGUCAUGGUGAUAACACUGAAAGUGUUCUGGAUUGAGGUUAUUCUGCUCUGGAGAGACAUAGUCAGACCUUACAAAACUAGGAAUGAUGGAAAGAUCUACGAUGCUUACGUUAUCUAUCCGCGGAACUAUAAAAAUAGUCCUGAGAGGGCCAAUGCCGUGGAGCACUUUGUUCACCAGAUUCUGCCUGAUGUUCUUGAAAAUAAAUGUGGCUAUAACUUAUGCAUUUAUGGGAGAGAUCUGCUACCUGGAGAAGAUGCAGCCACUGCAGUGGAAAGCAACAUACGAAAGAGCAGGCGGCAGAUUUUUAUCCUGACUCCUGAGAUGGUGCACAGCAGGGAGUUUGCCUACGAGCAGGAGAUCGCCUUGCACAGCGCCCUCCUCCAGAAUGACUCCAAGGUGAUUCUUGUAGAAUUGGAGGCUCUGAGCAAGCCCGGUGGACUGCAGUUUGGGGACCUUCAAGAUUCCCUCAAGCACCUUGUAGAAGUGCAAGGUACCAUCAAGUGGAGGGAAGACCACGUGGCCAACAAACGGUCCCUCAAUUCCAAAUUCUGGAAGCACAUGAGGUACCACAUGCCUGUGCCAAACAGACGGCCAGGGACACCCAGUUUGGUUUCCCUGAGUGCCCAGGGGCAGUAGUGCUGGCUUUGACAUGCUGAUAAUGCACCCGAUUUCCAUCGAUCUGAGCUCCUCCUCGCUGGAUGAGGCCCCGGGACCAGACACCAAGGCAGAGGUGUGAGGACCGGGGAUGUCAAGAGUGUGCACGCCCCCAGUUUCAUCUAUCAGCUUUACUCCCAUUUGCCCGAUUCUGGGGGGAUGCAAAACACCCAGAAAUUUCUAUCCUCGAUCGCUCUCUCUUCAGCUCACUUUUCCUUCCUUUUCUCCCUUUGCUGGUCUUUCUCCAUGUGGCCUAGGAUCUUUUCAUUAGGCUUUUUUCCGCUGUCUCUCUCUUCCCUGCUGUCCUGCUCCUUACUCCUUGUCAAUAUUCUACACCUUGAACUUCAAACUGGAAGGGUUAGAGCUAAAUUUUCAUGUAACGUUGAAGAACACUCAGAUUCCCACAAGCAGAACAUUAGCAGUGCAUCUCGCUUCCAUUGUGUGUCUACACACAGUGCGUUUGACCUCUCCCUGGUGAGGGACACAAUGUUGUUUCACAGGGUACCCAUCGUGCAUAUGGACACUGUGAACAUUCUUGCGGACAUGUGUUCUUCUUUGUCUUGGCUCAAUACCGAGUUAUGGUCCCUCUUACGAAACUGUCAAAUUGGCAAACUAAUUGUACCAUUUUACAUUUCCUCCAGUUUUGUACAAGACCACUCUUCUUCCACCUCCUCACCGAUGAUUGGUGCUGUUAGGUCUCUUUGAACUGUGUUGUUUCUGU